AUUACGAUAAGUGCCGCUGUGACGAUAAUUACUUCCUAUUUUUAAAAGUUAAAAAGGUCUCUUGUUUUGGCAAACAACCUUUUUGUAAUACUUAGUAACAAUGCAUUAACCGGCUGGAAAUUAACCGUAGUACGAAAAGCAACUUAAAACUUUUGCAAAGAAAUAUAGGAUUGACAUUUCCCUGAUCAUCGGCGCGAAGAUAAAACUGGAUAAAACUAUGAGAAGAUUUUUUUAAAUGGAAUAGACAUUACCAACUGAAACUCAAGUUAAUAAAAAUGGUUGAAGGAGAUAAAAGCACUAUUGAUACAGUGCAAGUGGCUCUUCGGAUUAGGCCGUUGAUGCAACAAGAAAUCGAGAGAGGAUGUGACGAAUGUAUAGAUGUUGUAAAUGGGGAACCGCAAGUUCAAAUCAAAGAUCUAGCAUUCACAUACAAUUAUGUGUUUCCACAACAUAUAACACAGCAAGAGUUCUAUGAUACUGCUGUCAAAAGUCUGAUUGGAAAAUUAUUUGAAGGUUAUAAUGUAACAAUACUUGCAUAUGGGCAGACAGGCUCUGGGAAGACCUAUACAAUGGGUACUAAUUAUUCAGGAUCACAUGGAGAUUCAACAAAACUUGGUGUUAUCCCUCAAGCAGUUGCAGACAUAUUUGAUUUCAUAGAAGCACAUGAGGCUGAAUUCAUGUUCAAGGUGACAGUCUCCUUCAUGGAGUUGUAUCAGGAGCAAUGCUAUGACCUGCUUUCGGGAAAGGAAAGAGCUCAUAGCAUUAUUGAAAUCCGAGAGGAUAUAAAUAGAGGUGUAAUUUUGCCAGGAAUCACAGAACAUCCAGUGGCGUCGACUAAUGAGACAAUGAUGGUACUAGAGCAAGGCUCGUCUGGUCGCGUCACAGGAUCCACUGCCAUGAACCAGGCCUCCAGCAGGAGUCAUGCUGUCUUUACUAUAGUUAUUACAAAAGAGAGCAAAAUCAAUAAGAAUAUAGCAACUACUUCCAAAUUUCACCUGGUUGACUUAGCUGGCUCAGAACGCAUUAAGAAGACUAAAGCCAGUGGCGAGAGACUCAAAGAGGGCGUAAAGAUCAAUCAAGGUCUGCUCGCUCUCGGCAACGUAAUAUCUGCUCUUGGUGACGGUACUAAUAGAAGUUUUAUCGGAUACAGAGACAGCAAACUCACCAGGCUGUUGCAAGACAGCUUAGGUGGUAAUUCUUUAACGUUGAUGGUUGCUUGUGUAAGUCCGGCCGACUAUAAUUUGGACGAGACAGUGUCUACGCUGAGAUACGCGGAUCGAGCGAGACGCAUCCGCAAUAAACCCAUCAUCAAUCAAGAUGCUAAAGCUGCUGAGAUAGUCAGGCUAAACAAUUUGGUGAAUGAAUUGAGAGUACAGCUGCUCGGCAAAGCGCCGACAGUCAGUGAACAGAAUAAUGAACAACUACAAGAAGAGUUGGAAAGAGAGAAAGCGAGGUAUCAAGAACUGCUAAAGAAGCACAAACAAGUCACAGAACAUUUGAGUAACAUGCUAAUUGAAAAUACAAAUUUGUGCGAAAAGGCACUUUUAGCAGAGGCAGCAAAGGACAAAAUCGAAAGGAAGCUAAAUGAAUUGACAGAACAGUGUAAUCAGACUAUAGAGAAUUUGAAUACUACAGACAAAAGCACAGAUAAUGAGGGUAACAAGACUAAUGUUGUAGACUAUUUGAAAGAUAUCAAGACCAGAUUGGAAGACUUGCAAUCAAUGAAUCUGAAAACUAAUGAGGAGCUCAUAGAUCAUGAAAUUAAACUAUCGUUUGUGAAGGAGGAUAGUGAAACAGAUAAAGUUGAUGAAGAGGCUUUGCUUAAUGAAGAUCAGGCAGUAUUGGAAGAAGAGAAAAGAGCUAUGGGACAGGUUGCUUUGAACCAAGAAUUGCAAGAGUUGAAUCGUGCCAUGGCCAUCAAGGCUUCUGUAGUUCAAGCAAUACUCGCCAAUAACAAGGAUAUGAUCGAUAGUCACAACAACUUGCGAGAGAAUGAGGAAAAGAUAGCGCAGCUCGAGAAAGAAAAAGACGAAUUGAUGCAACAACUCAAGCAGACUAAGUCUAAGGAUCCAAGUAACGAGGAGCGGCGUACCAAAGUGUCGACGUUGGAAGCGCAAAUAUCAGACUUAAAGAAGAAGUGCCAGCAGCAAGCCAACAUUAUCAAGAUGAAGGAAAAGAAUGAAGCCAAGAUAGCCGCACUCAAUGCUGAACUGCAAGCCAUGAAAGUCACUAAGGUGAAAAUUAUAAAGCAAAUGCGCGAAGAGAGUGAGAAGUUCCGCAAAUGGAAGGCCGAUAAUGAACGUGCGCUAGUCCGUCUACGGAACGAAGAUCGCAAGCGAGCGACCGCUAUGGCGCGGAUGGAAUCAUUACACGCAAAACAACAGACCGUGCUCAAGCGUAAGAUGGAGGAGGCCGUUGCUGUCAAUAAGAGACUCAAGGAAGCUCUGGAGCGUCAGAAGAAUACAGCGAUGAAACGCAACGCUAAAGGCAGCGUGAAGGCUGGCGCCAUACAACAGUACAUCGAGCAAGAAUUGGAAGUACAUCUCAGUAUUGUGGAAGCUGAGAAAUCAUUAGAAGAGCUAAUGGAAUAUAGGGCAUGGAUCAUCGCACAGAUAGAGAAUCUACACAACAACACAGAGGAUGAGGCCAGCAGGAAAAAAUUAGCUGAACUUGAGGACGAUCUUGCGCUACGUAAGGCGCAGAUUUCAGACUUGCAACAGAAAAUUUUAAUAGCCGAUCAGGAAAACAAAUCCCGUACGCAGUGGGACAAUAUACAAUCGUUAAUGGAAGCGAAAGUAGCAUUGAAGUGCUUGUUUGAAUUAAUAGUAGAUUCUAAACGUGAACUUCAAAAUCAAAGCGAGAAAGGAUUCCAGGCCAGAUAUGAAGAGAUAAAGGAAGCACAUGAUCGUUUGGUGAUGGAGUUUGAAAACAGCAAAGCGGAGUUUGAGAGACAGUUGAGUUUGGUCAAAUUACAGUGUGAACAGAAGGUAUCAGCACUAGUGGCACUUCAGCGCGGUGUAGUUGGCCGAGGCGAUAAAAGUGAGGCGUGCAAACAUCUCCAGAACGUUAUACAAUACCAACAGGAACGACUCGACCAGAUCGAAGACGAGAAUAAAAAGCUAAUGGACGAGUUGGAACAGCUGCGUUCUGCCAAAAGUAAGACUGUGAACAAGAAACGUUCAAAGAAAGAAACUAAUGAUUCUGAAAAGAAGGUGGUGUACGCAGAGCCUUCUGACGAAGACGAUGACGACGUUGAAGACACAGAUAAGGAUCCUGACUGGAGAGCCACGCCUCUGUUCAAACGUAUUCAGGCGCAGCGAUCCCGUUUGACGAUGAACUUUACAAAUACGGAUGCGGAUACGACCAACGGGCCGGCGGUGAAGAGGAACAGUGAAGGUUCCCCUCACUGUAUGUGCCGAGGCAGUUGUUCCACUAAAAUGUGCGGCUGCGUGAAGUCUGGCUCCUCGUGUGGUGAAUCGUGCCGCUGCCAGCACGCACUUUGUCGCAACAGACGUCCCCAUAGCGAACAAGACAAGGAGAACCGGCCGUCGAGUGCGGAGUCGUCGUUAGAUACCACGCCUCCGUCAUACUUUGACAAACGAGGACUUGAUGCUACAUACGUGAAGAAGAAAAAGAGUUACUUUUUCCCCAAUGAUCAGGGAAAUACAGAAUCAAAACCAAUAAAGACUGAAUAAAAUGCAGAUGUGCCGAAUUUAUUUUAAAUUUGUAUGGUAACCGAUACUGUAAGUGUCUUGUUUAUAAACCAAUAUUAUGCAAUUAUGUUUCUAUUUUUUGUGAUUAUGAACUUAUUUUAUUUUAACUAUGUAUCGACUAAGUAAUGUGAAUAGUAAUUUCAAUGCGGUUGCAACCGUUUUUCAAAUAGUGACGUCAUCCUAUUUAAUACUUUUUUUCGAUAAAUUGUGCGGAGUGGAUCUCUGAAUAAAUAGUAUUUAUU